UGGGCUUCUAUUGGGCUUCUAUAUGGGCUUCUAUACAUCUUCUAUAUAUCUAAAGUUUUUUAAAACUUUUUCAGCUUGUAAAUGCUUCCCAAAUAAUUUAAAAGUCAGUCGAGGUCAACCAUUAAAUUUACUCUCACCAGGCCUUCCAUUACAUUGUGACUAUAUUAACUGUUCUACACAAAUUUCUUUAGAAAAUCCUAUCAGUACAACCGACCAUGUGGAAUCUUUACAAAUUCACGUUAAUUCUUUCUAUAAUAAUUUUAACUAUUUUGUGAAGCCUUUAAAUUUACAAAUACCUUUAUGUGAUGAAAAACAAGAUCUUAUAAUGUAA